CCAGGACAUAUUUUUGAGAUUUUCAUGUCAUGGCCCACAGGUUUAUUUAAAUUUGCUCCACUGCCUCUGUUCCCAAUAAGUAUUCAUGUUCUUUGAGGCCGUGGUUGAGCCACGUAUAUGGAGUGGAAUAAAGCGGGAAGAUAAUGAAGGUGAUCGCAAAGAUUGGCCUCACAGUCUUCGGAGAAGGCAAUAAAGUAGUAAUAUAUGAUAGACCCACGUCGCCCAAUAAGGAUACAAAGAAUAAGCCCUUGAAGUUGUAGGAAAAUUGAUUUUUUUUUAUUCACAAACGGCCUGUGUUUUUUGUAUGGGGAUUUUGUUUUGUAUUUUUGUGAUGUAUAGUGUAGGGAAUUUUAUGAGGCUGUGGAGCUUGCAUGUGGUGUGAAGGUACUGCAACUAAAGUUUGGUUGUGUGGUUCUGUUUCUCGGUGUGGCCUAGCCGAAACAGGAGAUCCUCUCAUGGUGGUAUAUGGCGGGUGCAUGUGGUGUUGCUUGUGCUUAAGAAUUUAAUAUAUAUGCGGAUGUGAAUGUAUAUCAAAUAAUGGGAUAUUUCUCAAUCGUAAUUGUCAAGCUGAGGUGUUGAUCUUGAUGAAAAGUUAGGUUUCUUUUAUAUGCUUGGACCCCCAAAAUGUGUUUUUGAUUCAAAAUGGCAAUGGUGGAAGUAAGAGACUGUAAUAGAAGUCGGAGAAUUCCUCCAUUUCUUGGAUGUGUAUGUUCCGGUCUUCAUGCAGCUCUAGGUGGAUAGUAAUGGAGGGUUCAUCUGAAUCUCCUUGGCAGAAGUCUGAUAGUUCUAGGGGAUUGAAUAGUUCUGGACUCUCAGACAGGAACCGGAGGCUUCUUCGAGUCAACAGAACUGGCUUGUCGGGUGAUGCAUCACAUGAUUCUGUGCUUAGAAAGGAGAGAGGUAGGGUCGCGUUGGCUCACACUGAUCAUCUCAAAAACCAGGGUGGUUUGUCUGGAGUUUUUGAGGAUGAGGUAGCAGUUGACCCUUUUGUCCAUGCCAUAGAAUGGGGUGAUGUUAGUUUGAGGGAGUGGUUGGACAAACCAGAUCGAUCUGUUGAUGUCUUUGAAUGCUUGCACAUAUUUAGGCAAAUUGUGGAGAUUGUUAAUGUAGCACAUUCCCAAGGAAUUGUUGUUCAUAAUGUGCGGCCUUCUUGCUUUGUGAUGUCCUCUUUCAACCAUGUCUCCUUCAUUGAGUCUGCAUCUUGUUCGGAUUCUGGUUCUGAUUCUUUGGAGGAUGGGUCAAAUAGCCAAAAUGUGGAGGUUAAGAAUUCAUCCUCUUCCUUUCCCCAUGGUGCAAAUCAACAAAGAAGUAGCUUAGAAAGUGAAGUUUUUCAAUCCAUGGCAACACCAACUAAUGCUUUAUCAGACACUACUUGCAUGCAGUCAAGCUCAGUCUAUACAGCACGUGUAGCAUUAAUGGAAGAGACUGAAGAAAAUAAAGACAAAGAUAGGGGGAAAGUUGAAGAAGUAGAAGAAAAGAAGCAACCAUUUCCAAUGAAACAGAUAUUGGUCAUGGAGAACAAUUGGUAUACUACCCCCGAGGAAGUUGCUGGUUCUCCAAGUUCCUGUGCUUCAGACAUAUAUCGGUUGGGGGUUCUUCUCUUUGAGUUAUUUUGUCCAUUAAGCUCUAGAGAAGAAAAAAGCAGAACUAUGUCUAGUCUGAGACAUCGAGUUCUUCCUCCUCAACUGUUGCUGAAGUGGCCAAAAGAAGCUUCAUUUUGCUUAUGGUUACUGCACCCUGAGCCAAGUAGUCGGCCAAAAAUGGGCAGCGAUUUGUUACAGAGUGAGUUCCUUAAUGAACCGAGGGAUGAUUUAGAAGAACGUGAAGCGGCAAUUGAGCUUAGAGAAAGAAUAGAGGAGCAAGAGUUGUUGCUGGAAUUCCUUUUGCUUAUACAACAAAGGAAACUGGAAGCUGUUGAUAAGUUACAAAAUUCCAUUUCUUUUUUGUGUACUGAUAUUGAAGAAGUUAUGACGCAGAAAACAAUUCUUCAGAAAAAGGGUGGCUCAUGCCCAGAACUGGGGAAGGAUGAUCAUUUAGUUUCAAUUCUUCCAUCAAUGAAUAUUGUUGAUAGUGAUGAUUCUGCUAGCUCGGGGUCUAGAAAACGAUUUAGACCAGGAAUGCAGAUUCAGAACAUAGAGGAAUGUGAUGAUAAUCUAGUUGAUAGUCAGAAGUCAGAUGCACUCGGUGAAACUAAUGGAAGCUUUCUUUCAAAAAGUUCUCGGUUAAUGAAGAACUUUAAGAAACUGGAGACUGCAUACUUUUUGACAAGAUGCAGGCCAAUCAAGCCCACAGGGAAACCAUUGAGCAGACAUUCACCAUUAAGUAGUGAUGGUAAGGAGUCUAUUGUUGUAACUGAAAGAAGUUCCGUUAAUAAUUUAGCAUCGAAGGAGCUGCAUAAUGAGGGUAGACAAAGUGGUUGGAUAAAUCCAUUCCUUGAAGGUUUGUGCAAGUAUCUAUCUUUCACAAAGUUAAAAGUUAAGGCAGACUUGAAGCAAGGGGAUCUGUUAAAUUCUUCCAAUCUUGUAUGCUCUCUCAGUUUUGAUCGUGAUGGAGAGUUUUUUGCCACGGCUGGUGUAAAUAAGAAAAUUAAAGUAUUUGAAUGUGACACAAUCAUAAAUGAAGAUCGUGAUAUACACUAUCCUGUCGUUGAAAUGGCUAGUAGAUCAAAGCUAAGCAGCAUAUGUUGGAACAGUUAUAUCAAAGGCCAGAUUGCUUCGAGUAACUUUGAAGGUGUUGUGCAGGUAUGGGAUGUGACAAGAAGUCAAGCACUAACGGAAAUGAGAGAGCAUGAGAGGCGUGUAUGGUCCAUAGACUUCUCAUCAGCAGAUCCAACAAUGUUGGCCAGUGGGAGCGAUGAUGGUUCUGUUAAGCUAUGGAGUAUCAAUCAGGGAGUCAGUAUUGGAACCAUAAAAGCAAAGGCAAAUGUCUGCUGUGUUCAGUUUCCCUUGGAUUCUGGUCGUUCCCUUGCAUUUGGUUCAGCAGAUCAUAGAGUUUAUUACUAUGAUCUCCGUAACUUGAAAAUUCCUCUGUGCACAUUAAUUGGACACAAUAAGACUGUGAGUUACGUCAAAUUUGUAGAUCCAAUGAAUAUUGUUUCUGCGUCCACGGAUAACACUCUGAAGCUUUGGGAUUUGUCAAUGUGCGCAUCUCGGGUUAUUGACACUCCACUCCAAUCAUUCAUAGGACACAUAAAUGUCAAGAACUUUGUGGGUUUGUCAGUUUCUGAUGGUUACAUUGCUACUGGUUCAGAGACAAAUGAGGUGUUUAUCUAUCACAAAGCUUUCCCCAUGCCUGCAUUGUCAUUCAAGUUUGACAACACAGACCCACUUUCAGGCCACGAAAUGGGUGAUGCUGCACAGUUUAUCUCUUCUGUUUGUUGGCGCAGCCAGUCCUCAACCUUAGUUGCUGCAAAUUCCACAGGGAACAUCAAAAUUUUGGAGAUGGUUUGAUUUGGCUACUCUCCAAAUCCUUCACGAUUCUAGGGAAAAAGGAAAGACGAAGGUGAAAGAAUCUUACUGCAGAAAGCCGUGUAAGCCUAAGGCGGGCUUUAAAAUGUUAUUGAGAAAUUUUGGCAUUAGAUCUUAGCGGAUGCUGCUCACGUGAAGAGUGAGAGUGGUGAUGUUCAAAUGUAAUGCAGAUAGUAAUUCAAAGGAAGGAAAAUGGAUUAAAAUUAGAAUUCUUGUAUAUUUUGUAAUGCUUAACAAUUCACGUUGAUAUAAUAUGAAUAUAGAAUUGAUUUUCAAUUA